AUGCCGCUGGGGCACCCGAUGAUCACUUGCGGAAAGGCCGGCAUUGUCCGGUCAAACCCGCGCUACGCCAACCUCUCCUCUGCUAAUGAUGUGCCCACCUCGGUGCGUGCUGCACUGUGUGAUCCGGCAUGGUUUCAAGCCAUGCACGAUGAGUACAGUGCCCUUCAAGCCAAUGGCACCUGGGAGCUUGUACCACGACCCUGUGGCGCUCAUGUGAUCACCGGUGAAUGGAUCUUCAAAAAUAAAUUUCAUGAAGAUGGCAGUCUCGAGCGCUGCAAGGCCCGAUGGGUUGUCCGCGACUUCUCUCAAUGCCUGGGACUCAACUUCGACCAGACAUUCUCCCCCGUGGUCAAGCUGGCGACUAUAUGCACCGUUCUUCAUCUGGCUGUUGCGCCCAACUAG